AUUAUUCUUAUAAAUAAUCGAAUACCUCCUUAUUAACAUUUAUUAAUUUAGUUGACUUAUAUUAACUUUAUAUUCUUUUUACUUUUACUGUUUUUGUUUGUAUUACGAGAUAUCUUAUCAAACAUGGGUUCUAACUGCGAUGAACAAAACAGACAAUUAUUCAUUGGUGGUUUAAACUUCCAGACAACAAAUAAAUCACUUAGAGACUUUUUUGAGCAAUGGGGUAAAGUUGAAGCGGCUUUUGUCAAGAGAAACCCUCAAACAAAACAAUCACGAGGAUUUGGAUUUGUUACUUAUUCUCAGUCGUAUAUGGUUGAUCAGGCCAUGUCAAAUACGCCUCAUAGAAUAGAUGGUCGUGAAGUUGAAACCAAGAUUGCUUUACCUCGUUCCGUAAUUAAUGAACCAAAUAAUACAAUUGAUGUAAAAAAAGUAUUUGUUUCUGGCAUAAGUGAGCAAUCAGAACAUGAUAUUUUUGAAUAUUUUAGACAAUUUGGUAAUAUCAAUUUCUUAAAAAUAGUGAGUGAUAAUUAUACUGGUAAAAUUAAAGGAUUUGGAUUUAUUAAGUAUGAUGUCAAAGCUUCAGCUGACAAAGUUCUUUCGAUCAGAAGUCAUCUAGUUGCUGGAGGAAAAUUGAACGUAAAAAAGGCUUUUAGUCAUAGAAUCCAAGGCAGUUAUGGUUAUGUUGGAAGAUGCCACUAUCUCGUUACCAAGGCUAGACUGAGAGCUAAUUUAAACCAUUAG